AUGAAGUCCUCUAAAGAGUCGAAGGUGCACACGUACCGCGGAACAGACGGCAGCAACAACAAAAACGGCGACUGUCGCGUUGUCGGUGGCUCCAGCAACAGGAGGCUCGACAGUAUUUCCUCAUGGGCAAAGGAGGCGCUUUCUCCGAGGCUCCAUAAAGCCUUGCUCCAUGCUGCCGUAAGAGCACUUUCCAGCACUCCUCACCAGCAGAGUCACUCAGAGCAGCAAACUCCCGCUCAGGAGCAUCCAGAGAGGGCUGGGGAGGAUCGCACGUAUCCUGAGAGGCGUCGAACGCGCCUAGCAAGCCUCCGCAGUCUGCCGCUGCCUCCUCGCAGUGUUGUCGCCUCCUUCCUCAAAAAUGAGGCGCUUUCGCCGACGGAGGCUCCUCCUUUGCAGGGGCAGGGGCCCCCUGCAGGUUGUCAGACUUCAUAUGCAAGCCAAGAGCCCCCGAGGGGCCCCUCUGGGGGCCUUCCUGAGAGUCCAGGCCCGUGGGCAUACGAAGCCUCAUGGGGGGCCCCCGGGGGGCCCCAGUGGGAUGUGCGGGCAUCCGCUUUGCCUGCGGAAGGGAGAGCGAUGCGCGUCGACGAGGUGUAUCUACACCCGGCGUUGGUGGGGGCCCUUAAGGGUCUGGGGCUUUCGGCCUUGUCUGCGCCUCAGACCUGCGCGUUCUUCAACAUUUCUUGGGGUCGAGACGUUUUGCUGCAGGAAGAAAGGCGAAAGGGGAAGACUCUGGGAGCGCUGCUUCCUGUGAUCAACAGACUCUAUGAGGCUCAUGACCUUAUCCAGCAUGUGCAGCGAGAGCAGCGAGAGCAGCGGCAAGCAGAUGCUGUCAUUUCCCUCCUGCACCUUCUGCAGCAGCUAGAUCCCUUGGGUCGCAUUGCCGUGCAGUGUCUCUCAGAUGUUGGCACUGCUCAGCAGGAGGCAGAGCAGCAGCAGCAAAAAGAGGAGGAACAGCAGCAGCAAAAAGAGGAAGAAGUGGAUGUGCAGCAGCAGCAGCUUCAAGAUAUACCUGCAGACGCGUGGAGAACACUUGGCAACUCCUGGAGGCGUCUGGUGCUGAAAGACCCACACCACGCACAGCGCGUUGCAGCAGAAAAGGCUUUGCAGAUGCAACAGCAACAACAGCUUCAAAUGCAAGAGCAGCAGAAGCAGGAGCAAGAGAAGCAG